AUGCCAUGGCAAUCGGCAUCGAAGAGGGGCUCCAGGACACACCGCCAAACCAUCCUCCUCCUCCCCCCGUCUCUCGGGGACGGACGGGGGCCCGGCCUCCUCUUCCACCAAACUCCUCCAGAUCCCCUCCUCACAUUGCCCCCUCCUCCUCCCCGCCCGCCGUCGAGCACCGACGCCGAACGACAGCCCCUCUCCCUCGCUGUAGAGACCGACGCCGACGACAGCUCCCUCCUCCUCCCGCCUCCCGCUGUCGAUCAGACGCCGACGACCUCCCGCCUCCCGCUGUCGAGACCGACGCCGACGACCGCCCGCCUCCCGCUGUCAAGACUGAAAGUUGGUCCAAAGAAGAUUCUUGACUUGAUGAAUAUCCCCGGGUUAACAAGAGAAAAUGUUGCUAGUCACCUGCAGCGAAUGGCUCGAGCCAACAAACAGAUGAGCAUGAUGUAGCCAAUUGGCUGUGUGGAUUUGCUUAGACCCCAUCUCUGUAAAGCAACAUCCCCAUUUGUUUGAUCACAACAAGUCCUAACCCAUCUCUGUCAGAGCAUUUUGGAGCAUGUCUUCAGUUAAAAUUUUGGAGCAUAUUUGUUAUGGUCUUGCUGGACAUGGCUAUGUUUCUGGAUAUGAUGAAGCUGGUUGUGGCUGUUGGGAUGUUCGGGCUGAGCUCUGUUUCCAGGAUGAUGUUUGUGGUGGCGGGUAUUCACGAGCUCUAUACCUCACUCUGUAGCAGCGGCCUUUUGAAGCCUGGAAUAGAAGACAUGUGGGUAUUCAGCGGGUUUUGUUUGUUGAAUUUUGUUCAGGAGCUCCAUGUUUUAAAGCCACAAGUCUUUUGUUAUAGAACUUUGUACCUUAGAUCCUUUUGUAAGAGUAAAGGAUGCCUCACUCUAGAUCUGAUCGCUCUCACAAUGAGAGGUGAAACCAUGUAACUUCUUUCCUUUAAUGAUAUCUAUUUUGGUAAAAAAAAAAGAUUGAGAUGAAAAAAAAAGAAU